AUGAACAAAACCUUGUGCAAUAUCCGGCGGCGGUUGGAUCGAGUUAGCGUGAGGAUGAAGCUUGUGAGAUUUCUUAUGAAGUUAAACCAUGAAACCGUAACAAUCGAACUUAAAAAUGGCACACAAGUUCACGGCACCAUUGCUUGUGUUGAUGUUUCAAUGAAUACGCACUUGAGAUCCGUCAAACUUACGAUGAAGAACGAGGAGAGCGUAAAUAUGGAUACUCUUACCGUUCGUGGCAAUAAUAUCCGGUACUUUAUUUUACCUGAUACUCUCCCUCUGGAUACACUUCUCAUCGACGAGGGACCAACUAAGCGCAAACCGAGAAAAGAAAACAUUCUUUCAUCAACUCGUGGUCGUGGUCGUGGCAUGAUUCGUGGAAGAGGCAGGGGAGGCCCACGUGGUCGUGGUCGUGGAGCUCCGAUUCGGAGAUAA